AACAUUCAUUAAGCCGUCACCGACACGCACAGACGUACCCAUACCAAGACAGGCUUAACUCGUAUUUAAACUCUAGCCAAAACGCGGGAGCGGUCAGUCACAAAAACUUGGCAAACUCUACUUAUUUUUGUUUAAUCGGCAAGGCCUAUACGCUCGAGUUAGUGUAGCUUAAUCUAUGAUAAAUUCUCCACUAGAACUGUAUGAUAUGUAACCAUCUUCAACAAUUUUUUUUUAGAGAGAGGAUUGGUUAUCCUAGUUCAGGAAAGGAAUAGUCGGAAUUAAAUCGUUUCGUGUUGCGCAGCGGCAUGUUCCAGUUUUGCUGAAGGUUUCGGAUCUCUUGGAGAGGAGGGGAGAAGCAGGGGGAUCGCUCUAGACCCGAGGUUUCAUAAAUAUAUUUUCCCGGGACUGACAAACUUGGAAUUGACAGCAUGGGAUCACUCAAAUUUGUGUGUUUAUGUUUGGGAGCUUUAAUGUGCGUGUCCACUUUGAUGACACACGUUGAUGCCAAACUAAAAGCUAAGAAGAUACAUGCUCCCAGCUAUGCGAGCAAGGUUGAUUUGGUGCAGGUGACCGAGGAAGGACGCCACAGGGAGCGGCGUGACGAUGAUGAUGACGACGACGAGGACAUUGACUCCGACAUUGACCCGGUGAUCGCCGAGCUGAACCGACUCCUGGCCGAGAUACGAACCAUUCAAGAUGGUGCACAAGUCGACACCCAGGGGCAGAACAGAGCAGCUAGCAGUCACCGACACCCAGUGAGGCUCCAGGGUGGAACGUCGGAAUACGAUGGUCGGGUCGAGAUCAACUACGAAGACCAGUGGUACAUGGUAUGCGAUGACUAUUGGGGCAUUGAAGAAGCUACUGUGGUCUGCAACCAACUGGGUUUUAAUGGUGCCCUGGAGGCAGUACAGAGGGCAGCAGACGAAUAUGGCUUCAAUGAUAACGGCUUUGCCAUGGAUGACGUCCGAUGCACUGGAAUGGAGCCAGGGCUGAGCGAAUGCGACUUUCCAGAAUGGAGAUCGCACAACUGUGACAAAGGUGAAGAGGUCGCCGGGGUCAGAUGCCAGCCGGAGAGAACGUCACCCAAUAGAGCCAUCAGGUCAGUUCAAGGCGCGCCAACGAUCCCAGAUUCCUCCCAAAUUAUGUUGCGUUUCAAUGUAAACGAGCUCCCACCCUGGCUUCAGAGCAUACUAGGGUCCAAGCCUUCUGAAACAUCAACCCCUGGAUCAGCAACAGGUGGAACGGUAGCGGGCUCGAGUGGGGCGACCGGAUCAGAUGGAAGCUCUCAGGUACCAGUGACCAGGGCGCGAGAUCCUGAGUGCUUCACCAUGUCCAACGGUCAAGACUACAGGGGCGUGGUCAGGCAGACCAUCUCUGGCUACGCCUGUCAGCGUUGGAACGUCCAGACGCCCCACGGCCACAGCUACACCCCCGCCCAGUACCCCGGCAUCCUGGGAAACCACAACCAUUGCAGGAACCCUGGUACCUUCUCCCAGCCUUGGUGCUACACUACGAACCCUCGCAUAAUCCGGGAGUACUGCGAUGUCGGCAACCCUCGGACCUCUUGUGCAACGACAGCCCAGACUGUCCAAGGAAAUGGCGAAGCUACCACCUACCUCUCCGAAUAUGCCCUCGUCCCCGCUGCCUACCUCGGCGGGAACAACGACGGGACCCACUCGGUAGCCACGGCCGAACUCUGCGCUGAGAGGUGUAACAAGGAGAGAAGCUUUGUCUGCAGAUCGUUUGAGUACAACGAGCAGUCCAAUGAGUGCCUGACCAGCUCCAGCAACUCGAGAGAUGUAGAUCUUACCUUCUUGCUCAGCACACGGUUUAAUUACUACGAGAGGCUGGAUAUUGGUCCGAUCGCCCUCUUUGACAUCACACCAAACUCUGCGAUGCCGGGUAACAACAUCGAAUCCUUGACUGCAGUAUCGAUGGAGGAAUGUGCUGAGAGGUGUCUGGUCGCUGCCUGGCCUUGCGCUUCCUUUGACUUUGCCCGACGUGCCAACAGGUGCUGGCUUAGUAACAAGUCACCGAGCCAGGUUUCCAUCAGGAGUGACUUCCCAGAUAAUCCCUAUGACUUCUUUUCCAGGAGAGGUCCAGCCACGCCCAACUGUUAUUUAGGGACUGGGGAAAAUUACCGGGGUUUCAGCUUCACUACAACGCAAGGACACCAGUGCACCAACUGGCAAGCAGCAGCAAUGGAUAAUGUAGGGGUUACACCGGUCCUCUUUCCUGACGGAGACAUUGGCAAUCAUAACUUCUGCCGCAACCCGGACAGUGAUAGACGCCCUUGGUGUUACUACAAGGAUUCUGGUUCUUCUACGGUCAGUGGCUGGAUGUACUGUAACAUCUCAACUUGCGAAACUUCAACAGCGCCCCCAACCAGCCGACCCACGGCUCGCCCGCCGCCACCAACCCAGGCUCCAUCGGGGCCGAUACCAGUAUCUCGCGGGAAGCCUGCGUUUCAGAGCUCUACUCACACCUCAGGGGGUAUCAUGGCUAAUGCUGGCCUGGCCGUCGAUGGGAACCCAAAUCCCUCUUUCGAUCAAGGCUCAUGCUCCAGAACUCAGUCUAGAGCAAAUUCAUGGUGGUAUAUUGAUCUGGAAGCAGCCUAUGAUGUUACUACAGUGGUCAUAGUCAACAAAGAUGUCCAAGGAGAGAGACUGCGUGGAGCAAUGGUCACCAUUGGGUCUUCGGCCACUGACCCAUCCACACGCACCCAGUGUGGUCGCAUCACACGGACCAUGACCAAUGCCGCCAGCCGCACCCCUCACCAGCGCAUCAGGAUCGAUUGCCCCAGCCCCAUCAGAGGGCAGUAUGUGCACAUUGGCUCUCCUCGCAAGGACUACCUGUCCUUCUGUGAGGUGGAGGUGUACGGGAGACCCUCGUCUCCCCCUACUCCAGCACCAGAACCAACUGUCUCAUGCACAGCAGCAGAAUUUGAGUGUGCCUCUGGAAGUGUAUCAUGUGUUCCUGAGAGAUUCCAGUGCAAUGGCCAAAGUGACUGUACAGAUGGGAGUGACGAAACCGGAUGCCCCGAUCCAAUGGAUGACUUCACCAUCAUUGCCGACAAAUAUCUUCCAAAUAGGGAGCCCGCUGUCAUCUACAUGGAGAAAACAGCCGACGAGUGCGCACGAUUCUGCGUCUCGGCCAUGACGUUUGUGUGCCGUUCCUUUGAUUACAACUCAGCUGAGAGAACAUGCAGUCUGUUUAACGUCAGCCGAUCGCAAAAUGGAAGGCUUUUCAGUCGUCAGGGCACUGCCCACUAUGAGCGAAUUUCCCAGACAACUGAUUGCACAAAUGCAAACGGCAUUGAAUAUCAUCCCUGUCCAUCCGGCCGGUGCAUCCCCAACGAAUGGCUUUGCGAUGGUGAUAAUGAUUGUGGAGACUUCACAGAUGAAUCAAACUGUGGUACCUUGGAAGAAUUUGAAGUCCGUAUCGUCAAUGGAACUGCUCCAAACGAAGGUCGCGUGGAGGUCAAGUACCGGGGCAAGUGGGGGUUGGUAUGCGACGACGAAUGGGACUUGAGCGACGGACAUGUUGUCUGUAGGCAGUUAGGAUACACGAGAGGUGCAUCAGAUGUCUACAUCGUGGGUGAAUUCGGGCAUGGAAACCUUGUCGAUAUCUUCAUGGACGAUGUACGCUGCACUGGAAACGAGCAGUCCCUAGCUGACUGCCCCCACCCAGGCUGGGGGGUAAAUAACUGUGUCGUAGGAGAGGCCGCGGGGGUCCUAUGCAAACUCAACCAAGACUGUCCUGCCAAUCAUUUUGAGUGUAACAAUCUCAAGUGUAUUCCUGAGGGGAAUGUGUGCAACGAUAUGGAUAACUGUAAUGAUGGAUCGGACGAACUGAAUUGCCAGCCAGAGCUUCCAGUCUUGCCGGUCCGGCUUGUUGGCGGAAAUGGGCGAACCUCAGGCAGGGUUGAGGUCUUUCAUAACAAUCAAUGGGGCACGGUUUGUGACGAUUAUUUCAGCGAAGCGGCCGCAAGAGUUGUCUGCAAUCAGCUUGGCAUCAGUGGCGACGUACAAGUCUACCCACAGGCCAUAUUCGGCGAGGGGACAACACAGAUUUGGCUGGAUGAUGUGACAUGUGCCGGGACGGAACCAUCGUUAGCUCAGUGCACCAUCCCCAAUGGUAUUGGAAGGCACAACUGUCAGCACAACGAAGAUGUGGGUGUCGAGUGCGGGAGAGAGACACUGCCUUGCGGAGUUAGGGGCAUAGAGAACGGUAACAUCAUGGCUAGAAUCAUAGGGGGAUCCUCUGCGAAGAGAGGAAACUGGCCGUGGCAAGCUCAGCUGAUCUUAAGAGGGAGUGGUCACUACUGCGGAGGAACGCUCAUCGAUGAAACCCACGUGCUGACCGCUGCCCACUGCUUUCAAAGAUACGGCAAGAACUCAUUCAAGGUCCGCCUUGGGGAGCACCACCAGCACAUUAACGAAUCCUCCGAACAAGACUUCCGCAUCAGCUGUAUUUACAAGCAUCCGGACUACGACUCCAGGACCACGAACAACGACAUCGCUGUCCUAAGGCUGGAUCGCCCCGCUCACAUCACGUCGUUCGUCACGCCGGCCUGCCUACCAACGGAUGGCGAGUUUGCGGCGGAUCAUCAGUGUUGGAUUUCUGGCUGGGGGAACACAGGGAACGAUAAUUAUCCAAGCAGGCUGCAAGAGGCUCGCGUGCCCCUCCUACCACGGUCGACCUGCACCAGGCAGAAUGUCUACGGUAACAAGCUAACCCCUCAGAUGCUCUGUGCUGGGUACCUCAGAGGGGGUAUCGACAGCUGCGACGGGGACAGCGGCGGCCCGUUGGUCUGCGAGAACAGUAACUCCGUUUGGAAAGUGGUGGGCGUGACUAGUUGGGGGUAUGGCUGUGCCCAGCCCAACGCGCCGGGCGUGUAUGCUGUGGUGACACGUUACUUAGGGUUUAUUAAUGAGAAGAUGAUUACUCGGACCUGUACGUAAUGAAAUGAGUCUCCGUGGCUUUCCUGAAGAAUAAUCUUAGGUUUCAGGUUUAGUUUAUUCUGCUUUAAACAAUGAUGCAAGAUGCACAAGGUUUUUAUAAUACUACAAGGGUACACAAACAAGGGGUGUUUUGUUCAUAUCGCCAAAGUUAUAAUAUGAAGAUGUGAUGUAUUAUGUUCUGUCAUAAAAUGAGUUAAUGUUAGAUUAUAUAUCAUGUUUAAAUCAAUUACACUGUCUCUUUAAAGUUAAAACAAUAAAUAUGUACAACAGCAUUAUUGUUUAUUUUCUACAAAACAAUGUAACACAUAUUUUGUAUUUUUGUAUGUUGAUGUUUGGACAAAUAAUAAAUGAAAAUAAUAUGAAGAAUAUUUACAUGCAAGACAAAUCACAUAAUUUAAGUUUGAUAUAUAACAGAAGGGGCUAAAGGUCAAACAAAGCUUGUUAUGGUUAGUCCUUGGUUUAGAUGUACAUAUUAAUGUGAAGAUCGAGAGAAAGAAAUAAAAAAAAAGUAUGAAAGAGAGGAGAAGGAAAGAGAAGAAACAGCACCAAAAAAAGGGGAUAUUUUCAAAUAUAUUCGGGAUAUUUGUGUCUAGUCCAGCUUUUUCUUUGUUGGUGACAUCUUUCAGAUAGAUUUUCAACUUUUAAAGACAAGAGCAUGCAGUUAUCCUUUAACGCUGUAAAUCUUCCACCUCAACAGGGGACAUGCUAGUAUCAGCUAAGAGUCACGUAGCAUGAGUCCGCCUACAGAAGGGGCACUGGAAAUUUUGUUGUUGGGGGUGGGGGAAUGGGGACAAGGCACUAGUCUUACUUGGGGGAUGCACAUUUCUAAGGCUACUGAUUAGGGAGAAGGGACGGGAGGCAGUUCAUCCUUUUACCCUUCUUUUUCCCUACCUCUCUUGUUCUUGCUUUUUUCUUUCUUUCACCACUUUAUGCCCCCCCCCAUGCCCAAUGUAGCUUGGCCACACUUAACUUGCACAUAUUGAACCCCCCCCCCCCCCCCUACUCCCUGCCCCUAACAAAAUUCACCAAUUUGUUAACAUUUUGAUAAAGCACAGGCAACAGUCGCUGUCACCCGUUCGACAAUGUAAAAUGGAUGAAGUUUACUGUGUAUGCUCUCCUGUAUGCACACGUAGAUAACGUGGUUGUAGUGAAAAGCUAUUACAGUUGUAUAUAAACAUAUCAAGUGCCCCCACAUAUUUGCGAUAAAAGCAUAUGUUAUCUGUUUGUAUUGUGAUCGAAGAUGGGGAAAUCAAAUAGCAUUUGUUUGUAUUUCUUUUGUGAUCAAUGACAUGUCAUAUUUCUAAAUUUCUUUGACAAGGACAAAUGCAAACUGAAACAAGAUAUUCUCUAUCAUGAUCGUAUGUAAAUCAUUGUCACAUGAGAGCUACUUACUUUUUCCCCCUUUUUUGUUGUAUAACUCCAUUCUGUGGAUAUCAAGUCCCACCUAAUUAGCCUAGAAUCUGUACGUUGUUAUUUCAUUUUGCGCUUGGCGAUCUCUCCCAUCCUCACCCUGCUGCAAGCUGGAGCUGGGGUGAUCCAGGAAUCUGUACGCGUAGAUGGUACGCUUGGCAUUGAAAUUUAGUGAUCAAGCUAUCUUGGUUUUGGGGAGAUCGCAGUUUUGGUGAUUACACCCAAUUAGAUCGACCAGAUUCUGGACUACACUCAAGAAGUGAAAACCGGUACAUGUUUGGAUUAAAAGAUUUUCAUUUUUAGAUAGAUAUAGAUAGAUAGAUAGAUCAAAUGGAUUUUAUUAAGAUCUUCGUGUCUGGCAGUUAAAAACUGAAAUGAACAUGAAUUACAAUACAAAUUUCCAAAGAACAUUCACAUAAUAACAUGAGAUACCAAUGUUGAAACAGCAAUUAGUAGUUUCAUAUUAGCAUUGAGAAAUUUGUUCCAAUUGAAUAUUAUGCAUGUAUGACAAAACACCACGAUCAAACAAGUCUGUAAAAUGCGGAAUUUGACUUUUGAAUUUACAAUCAUUCAUAAACUUAAUUGGAUAGAAAGGGUUGCCUUAAUGUUGCUUUUGGCAAGAUGUCGAACUAUAUUUGCUGCUCUCCCUCCAGUGAAGAAGAGUGAUACCAAGUAGGAAUACAUUCUUUAAGUGCUGUAUCACAUGGUAGGUUGGCUAAAGCCAUGGUAAUAAAUAAUUAGUAUUUGCCUUUCCAUUACCUCAGGAAAAGCACUUACUAAAUCAGACAAUCAUUAUUUUGCAGUAUUCUGCGCAUUUUUCUUUAUUACAGUGAAUUUAAAAAACAACAACGUAAGAGCCAGCUCUAUAGUACUGCCAUUGUUAACCCGUUGAAUAUUAGUUGAUUCAAUGAUUUUGAGUAGAAAACAUUAUAUACACAGCUUAUUUUCAGAGAUUAAAACGGUCUUAAAUGGCUUAUUUUUAGAGAUUGAAACAGUAUUAGAAUUAAAUUUCACAACUACACCUACCAAUUCAAGAUACAAUUGGUUACAAUACAAAUACUGUCAAAAGGAAAUGUUGCAUGAAAAACAAGAUCUUAUUAUCAAAGCAAAUAACAUGUGUUUUUUUCUACAAACCCUAUUUUGACUUAUUAUGAAUGGCUUUUGAAAUCAUAGCCCAAAUGGCUUGCCAUUCAUCAUCAAUACAAGGUUGGCUCGUUGAGUCACGGCGGAAUGGCUAGUUCCCAGUCCUUCAUUGAAAAGGGACAAAGGUACUAGUAUUUAAUUGGGAAGGAAAUGAUUUCAUUAUUGAACAAUAUUAUGUAAACUAUGAUUUAUCAAUCCAAAUAGUUGCUCCUACAGAUAUUAAUACCAUUGUUGACACAGGGAUGUCAAGGUUUGGCAGGAACUAAAUUUGUUUUCUUCCAAAACAGAGUGACCUAGAAAGAUAUUUCAAGGUUGCAGUGGUUGGUGCCUUCCUCACUGCCAUCAAUGUUUUAUAAGUCUUGUGCUAUUAUAAAUAUAACAUAUAAUUAUAUAUAAUAUUACUACAAGUAUUAUAGCGCUCUCUUUUAUGUAAUGGAUAAGAUGUGGUAUAUGGAUACGUUAGCAAUAUUAAACCUACCGUAUGUAGCAGUUAAUAAAAGCAGACAUAAACUUGGUUUUGCUUAUAAAUGUAAAAUAAGUGGAAUGAUAAAGAGAAAUCUGCUUUGAUGGUUCAAGACAAAUCCAGUUUGUAGGUCACAUGAUGACAAGCACAGAUUAGGAUAUAUCAACUGGAAAGACUAAGAAAUGAUGGGGGGGGGGGGGGAAUAAGGGGAGUGGGAAAGCAUGUCAACUAUCAAGUACAUGGAUCUCUGUAUUUCAUGACUGGUAACAGAAAUACUAGCACAUUAAAAAUUACCAGUGAAAGAAUUAGUCUUUGAUCGUCAAUGUCCAGAGGAGACAAGGCACUCGGAGUACGGUAUCAAUGAUAAUCAUUGAAAGAUUCCAACUCUCUGUUUUCUUCAUUUAAACGUUAAUAUUUUGUAAUAUAAUUAUAAGGGAGAUGAAGUUCAGACAUGGUGCUAAAGUGGAUUUGAAGUAUGGGGUGCCUGAUGUCUUGAUGAAAUGUCAGUCAAAUACUAGUAGACAUUUCACAAAGAAAUGAAUGUAUUAUAAACCAUACACAGUAGCAUGAUUUAUGCAAAACUUCCAUGAUUUUUUUUAGGAUGACAUUUUUGUGUGUCCAGAAUUGGAAAACAUCAUUUAAUAAGUUGACAGUAACUACCGGUAGUUACCAUUAGAAUGAUCAUCUCAAAUGAAAAUAAUGCAGUCAAUUUUUAUGUAGGUCCUACCGGGUAUACACAAUGUUCCUCUACAUGUUGUAAUUUUGUAUGAAUAAAGGGGAGUAAAGUGUGUACAUAGAUUAACUGGUGCCUUCUGAAUUGUCUAAUUCCCUGUAUAGCUUUGAUACUUGAACCAUGUGGUUUCUAUAGCUAGGUGAUGAGUUGAAUAAAGGAGAAGGAAAAAAAGAUUCAUGAAUGCAACACAUUUUAUGCAAUAAUGUGAGUUUGUAAUUGAUGCACAUUUUAUGUUCUUUGGUCCUGUACAUGCAUAAUUAUGUAAUAAAGUAUGUCUGCACUCUGUGCACAAGACACCAAGCAA